CUUAUUGUCGGGUUGCCUCUGGUGUGUGUAACUUACGCUACCAUGAACUUCCUACCUUGGGGGACGUUGUUCUUCAGCAUCCUUUGGGCCUCCGUGGUAGCUGCCAUUCCAUCACGAACCAUUGAUACAAGGGCUUCCAGUCCCUAUGUAAGCACCAGUGGCUCUGGCUUUGUGGUGAACGGAAGUUCAUUGAAGUACAUCGGUACUAAUGUUUAUUGGCUACCUACGCUAAACACGAACGAGGAUAUACGGAACACGCUGGCAAACAUAUCAGCUCUUGGCAUCAAGGUCGUCAGAUUAUGGGCAUUCAAUGAUGUGGCCACCAUCCCCGCGGAUGGCACUUGGUUACAGCUUAUUCAGAAUGGCACCGUUUCCGUCAACGAUGGGCCAAACGGCCUACAGAAGCUUGACACAGUCAUUCAAUUGGCUGAAGAGCAAGGCCUAUAUGUCAUUCUAUCUCUUACGAACAACUGGGACCCUGUGCCACUCUCGAACGACACUCGUCUUCGCAAUUAUCUAUCUAACAACUACGGUGGCAUGGAUACAUAUGUUCGCCAAUUCGGCCUCCAAACUCAUGACCAGUUCUAUACGAAUCCGUCAGUAUUAACGUCUUUCCUGAAUUAUACGACGCAAGUGGUCUCCCGCUACGUGAACAGUCCAUCAGUCUUCAGUUAUGAAUUGGCUAAUGACGCCAGGUGCAACUCUACCUUGCCAGCAUCUGCUACCUGCACGACAGAAACGAUCACGGCCUGGCAUGCGACGGUAGCUGCGCACAUCCGUAGCAUUGAUCCAAACCACCUCAUCUCUUCGGGUGUCGGAGGAUAUCUGUGUCCAGAUUGUCCAAAAUUAUAUCCCCUGACAGCACCAGCACCUCCUGUAACAUCGCCGGCUCCCGGGAAAAAGAAGCGCAGCCAGGCAAAACCCGUGACCAAGAAGCAAAUCCUUCGAGAAGAAUCUGAGAGGAGACGCCGCAACAGAGAAGUUGCGAAGCGUGCGGGGACUCUGGUGGAAGACGGUGUACGAGUAAGAGGACGAUGGGUUUCGACAUCUACCAAGAGGCAACAGAGUUCGACUUCGGGGUCACUGUAUGACGGUUCAUAUGGCGUCGACAGUCAAGACAUCUCGAACAUUCCAGACAUUGGGUUCUCUUCCUUCCAGCUAUUCCCCGACCAGCAAUCAUACGGUCCUGAUGACCCGAAUAUUCCGUCUUGGCAAAACAUAGAGCAAAACGGUGCCCAGUGGAUCACCACUCAGGCCCAGAGUGCUGCUGCCGUCGGGAAACCUGCGGUGCUCACUGCCUUUGGUCUAGUUACGCAAGCCAAUGCUCCUGACUUCGUGCCAUUCAACUCUACGGUUGCUCCAUUUGCUUCUGAAAAUCUUGCGAAGCGACAAUCCACGCUUGGCUAUGGUGUGACCGACCAACAGCAAGCAACAACUUACACGACAUGGCUUGAUACUGGUAUUGCUUCGGGACUCAACGGCAUAGUGCAGUACCAGUGGGGUCAGUCCGGCCUUACAGCUGAACCGGGUACUACUAUCGAUCCCCCUACUACCACUGGAGAGUCGCCUACGCCGAGUAGCCCAGGAGAGACACCCACUCCCCAACAAACCACUGGCUCCUCCCCCAAUGAUGGUUACGCUAUUACCGGCUCCAAUACUGUUCAGCAAAUCCUUGGGAACUCGGCCCAAUCCAUUGCGGCGGACUGAAAGACACUUGACGUUAUGUUUGAAUGAAUGCUAUAUUGACUCUCUUGGAUUCAACGGACAUACGGUAUUCUCUGUUGUACAAUCUGACAAUUCACGUUACCCUUCUUGGACAUCUGUGCGGACUUCCAGUACAGUUGUUUUUACAACAUGUAACUCUAGAUAAGCAUAUAUUUCGGUAGAACUUUUUUUCGUGACGUAUUAAAUCUGAUAUAUUGUGGAGACUCUAUGGUAUCAGCCAGUAAUAAUUGUAGAAUCGGUUUGCAGUUUCAAUUGAGUCA